CUCACCUCCAGCCAGCCGCCUCCUCCUCCUAGAUCGCGCAGCCUCCACUUUCUCUUUAUACCUCUCUUCACUUGUCUUGCAGUCUCUUUUUCCUUCUCUCUGUCCUCCACUUGGCUCUCCCAUCAGCUGCUUGACAGGCUCGCUGCUCUCCAUCCAACCGCCAAGGACUCAGAGGCAGUUAGGACUAAGUCACUCUCACUGCAGCCAAAAUGGCGAUGAACAGCAUCCUCAACGCUGACAACAUCAAGAAAGCUUUAGAUGCAUUUGCAGUGGCUGACUCUUUUGACCAUAAGAGGUUUUUUGAGAUGAUUGGCUUGAAGAACAAGUCUUCUGACGACGUGAAGAAGGUCUUCAAGGUUCUGGAUGCUGACAACAGUGGCUAUAUAGAGGAGGAGGAGCUCAAAUUUGUCUUGAAGGGCUUUGCCAAAGAUGGCAGGGACCUGACAGAUAAGGAAACCAAAACAUUUUUAUAUGCAGCUGAUAAGGAUGGAGACGGCAAGAUUGGAGUUGAGGAAUUUACUGCCCUUGUGAAAGAAUAGACAUCUGUGACGACUGAUUCCACUGGACCUCCUCACCAUCAUAUCUUGGCUAUCCUUCCAUUCUUUUGACCGCAUAAUGAAUCACCAAUACACAAACACAAAUGCACGCACAAAAACAGUAUAUGAUGCCCUACAGCCACAUGCAUUCAUCCCAUUUUAUCCUUUUUAUACAAAUUGUACUUGUUUGCGCUUAUGUUUAGAAAAAAAAAAUGCCUGCAGGACUAGACCUCGCAUUAUAAAGCAAAGUAGCUACAGUAUGUGAAGAGAUUCUGAGCAAGAUAACCUAUUUUCCCUCCAUGAAUCAUCCUCUUAUUAUCUUUCUUAUCAUUAAGUUUCUCAGACAGUACUCCCUGUCCUUCUCAAAUUAACAUUCUAUUCAUCUAGCCACACAUCCGCCAAGUAAUGAGAUGUAUUAUUGUCAUGCUAUAAGAAAGCGGUUAAGCUGUGAAUGAAAAUAAAUAUGAAUAAAAUUAA